AAGUGACAGAGACAAGGCCACACAGACAAGUGAGAGAGAGGGAAAGAGAGAGAGAGAGAGAGAAAGGGGGGGGAUCAGGGAGAGAGCGAGGCGUGCUCAGAGACUGAGGGUCUGACUCUGAGAGGAAGAAAGCUGGUGAAGGUUCACUGUUAUUUUCCUGCCAUACAAUUAUCCUCUACCGAAAGGAUUGAUCUUUUUGUUUUUCAUUCCUGCUGGAUUUUACGGACCAUGGACUUUGUCAGGAUCUAAACUUUUAUUACAGGAUUUUAACUGGACCUAAAUGAUUUACAACUAAUUCACAGUUCUGAUACAGUAAUCUGCUGGUUUGCCUUGCACAUGGGGUCUGGGAAGGAGCUCCUUAUUCUCGGUGUAUUGGUUAUGGUGAGGGAAUGUUUGACUGAAUGUUCCCUUGGCUUCAACACGGCAAGAGGGCAAAAAUGUGUUGAUAGGAAUGAGUGCGAAGAAACUCCAGGCAUUUGUCGGGGACACGCAGAUUGCUUCAACACGAAUGGUAGCUUCUUGUGUCGUUGUCAUCAAGGCUACUCACAGAGUGAAGGGCUGGUGAACUUCACAAAAGAUGGACACUGUCAAGAGGUAAACGAGUGCAUCGAAUUUACCAAUAUCUGUGGUGCCGCUGCUCAGUGUACUAACCUGGUGGGGAGUUACGAGUGCACCACCUGCAACUUAGGCUACUCCAACAAUGGCUUUAGCCACUGCACAGGUGUAUUGGUUAUGGUAAGGGAAUGUUUGACUGAAUGUUCCCUUGGCUUCAACACGGCAAGAGGGCAAAAAUGUGUUGAUAUGAAUGAGUGCGAAGAAACUCCAGGCAUUUGUCGGGAACACGCAGAUUGCUUCAACACGAAUGGUAGCUUCUUGUGUCGUUGUCAUCAAGGCUACUCACACAGUGAAGGGCUGGUGAACUUCACAAAAGAUCGACACUGUCAAGAGGUAAACGAGUGCAUCGAAUUUACCAAUAUCUGUGGUGCCGCUGCUCAGUGUACUAACCUGGUGGGGAGUUACGAGUGCACCACCUGCAACUUAGGCUACUCCAACAAUGGCUUUAGCAACUGCACAGGUGUAUUGGUUAUGGUAAGGGAAUGUUUGACUGAAUGUUCCCUUGGCUUCAACACGGCAAGAGGGCAAAAAUGUGUUGAUAUGAAUGAGUGCGAAGAAACUCCAGGCAUUUGUCGGGGACACGCAGAUUGCUUCAACACGAAUGGUAGCUUCUUGUGUCGUUGUCAUCAAGGCUACUCACACAGUGAAGGGCUGGUGAACUUCACAAAAGAUGGACACUGUCAAGAGGUAAACGAGUGCAUCGAAUUUACCAAUAUCUGUGGUGCCGCUGCUCAGUGUACUAACCUGGUGGGGAGUUACGAGUGCACCACCUGCAAUUUAGGCUACUCCAACAAUGGCUUUAGCAACUGCACAGCUGAUCACUCCCUGCUCGUAUGUGGUGUGCGGGCAGCUGUGGUGGUUUUUGCAUUAAUCGGGAUUGCCGUCUAUUUUGCUUGGAAGAACAAGAACUACAAGAAGGCUGAAGGUUCUGCUUACCGUCCAGAGAGGGAACAUCAAGAUGAGUCUGUUGUGAUGGUUGAGAUGUAAGGCAUCUGAAGUUCAACUCAGGUCGUCUCUCAUCAUCUUUGUGCAUGUGAAGAAAGGGAGUGGAAGUAAUUUGCUGUGGUUAUUCUAAAAUUACUUCUGGCAAAUGUGUUCACAGUUCAGCAGCUCAGUAUGAGUUGUUAUUAUUUGAGGUCUGUUAGUGUUGUUUUGCAUUUGUAUCACAGUUCAAGUACAAGUUGAGGUGCCUGCAUUUUUUCACUCUUUGUAAAUUACAAUCAUGAUCAUUUAUAUCAUUUUAGUAUUGAACUCAGAUUGAAUCAUGUGCAUGAUAGUUUGUUGUUUUUCUCAUGUGAUUAAAAUGUCAUAUAUCGUUUUUUAUUUUCCUUGUUUGCUUGGAAUACGUUCUUAUGGAAAGUCUUUUUAGUGUUGUUAUAUAUCCAAUCCAGUUGUGGUACUUUAUGAAGUUAAAUAUUGCUUUCAUGAUAAUAAAAGUAAGUAAGGUUAAUAAAGGUCUGUACAUGUUUUGUGCU